AGAAUGCGCGAAGGAGACGAACAGUUGGCAGUGUAAUGGCAACGAUGACCACUAUCUCUUCAUCUCCCUCCUCUUCUCUCUCUGCUGCGCAUCCUCCUUUCAAAACCAACAACAACACUCUGCUUCUUCUUCUUCUUCACCCGAUUAAGAUGAGAAACAAGAGAAGAAAACGCCCGCACAUUCUUGUACUAUCAUCAUCACCAUCGUCCUUAGCUCAAUUCAGUGACAGAGACAAAGAAAGGGAACCGAGAGGGAGAAGAGAAGAGAGAAAUCGCAAGAUCGCAUCGGAAAAAGCGAUAUCGAUCAUCUUGAGGAGGGAGGCAACCAAGGCUGUUCUCGAGAAGAAGAGGGGCGGUACCAGUUCAAAGAAACUCCUCCCAAGGACAGUUCUUGAGGCUCUCCAUGAGCGGAUAAAGGCCCUUCGAUGGGAAUCUGCUCUCAAGGUUUUUGAACUUCUCCGUGAGCAGCUAUGGUACAGACCCAAUACCGGCAUAUACAUCAAACUCAUUGUGAUGCUUGGAAAAUGCAGACAGCCUGAAAGAGCACUUUCACUUUUCCAAGACAUGGUUGAUGAAGGUUGCAUCAUAAAUCAUGAAAGUUACACUGCUCUUGUCUCAGCAUACAGCAGAAGUGGCCUACUAGACCAAGCAUUCUCAAUUCUUGAAAAGAUGAAAGUUACAGAUGGAUGCUAUCCCGAUGUCCAUACCUACUCCAUUCUCAUCAAAUCCUGCCUUCAGUUCUUUGAGUUUGAUAAGGCACAAAUCCUGCUUGCGGACAUGAAGAGCUUUGGGAUCCAGCCCAAUACUUGCAUAUACAACAUCCUCAUUGAUGCUUAUGGAAGAAAAAGCAGGUUUGCAGAGAUGGAAGCAGCACUACUGGAAAUGCUCCAAAAUCGUGACUGUGAGCCUGACAUUUGGACCAUGAAUGCUACUCUCCGAGCAUUUGGACGAAGUGGGCAGAUCGAGAUGAUGGAGAAAUGCUAUGACAAGUUCCAAAGCUCUGGCAUCGCCCCCAGCAUCAAAACAUUCAACAUACUGCUCGAUUCCUAUGGAAAAUCUAAAAAGUAUGAAAAAAUGAGUGCGGUCAUGGAAUACAUGCAGAAAUACUACUUCUCUUGGACUGUAGUGACUUAUAAUGUAGUUAUCGACGCAUUUGGGAGGGCAGGGGAUUUGAAGCAGAUGGAGUAUCUGUUCAGACUCAUGAAGUCUGAGAGGAUAAAGCCAAAUUGUGUUACGUUAUGUUCACUUGUUAGAGCUUAUGGAAGAGUGGAAAAAGUGGAGAAAAUAAAAGCGGUGAUGAGACAUAUUGAGAACUCGGAUGUUUUGUUGGAUAAUGUGUUCUUUAAUUGCCUUGUGGAUGCUUAUGGGAGAGUAGGGUGCCUUGUGGAGAUGAGAGAAGUGCUAGAGAUAAUGAAGAAGAGAGGCUGUGUUCCUGAUAAAAUAACCUGUAGGACCAUGAUUAAGGCUUAUGUAAGCAGGGGGAUCGAUGACCAUAGAGUUCAAGAACUUAGAGAUCUCAGCAACGAUGACACUGAGUUGCCGAAAAGAGAUGUACGCCAUCUGCAGGCUCCAUCAAAAGCUCAAAUUUAGCAUGAUUCUUCCACCAAUUGUAUGUUUUUAAUUGUGCAUAAACAAAAAACCAGGCAUAUUGGGUUGUAGUUAGUCAUGCAUCAAAUAGUUGUAAAAUUAGUUGUUUUACUUCAAUAUAACGAAAUGGACAAUGAAAAAUGUGUUAGAAGUAAUUAAACAUCAUGAUUCUUAUUUUA